AUGCGGCUCGACGUUAAGAGGCAGCUCUUUGCCCGCUCGGAGCGGGUGAAGGGCAUUGAUUUCCACCCCACGGAGCCAUGGAUCUUGACAACCUUGUACAGUGGUCACGUCUACAUUUGGUCAUAUGAGACGCAGUCCAUCAUCAAGACUUUCGAACUCACCGAUGUCCCCGUUCGCGCCGGUCGAUUCAUUGCGCGGAAGAACUGGAUUGUUUGCGGUUCAGAUGACUUCCAGCUCCGUGUCUACAACUACAAUACCUCCGAAAAGAUCACAUCCUUCGAAGCACACCCCGACUACAUUCGCUCAAUUUGCGUCCACCCGACCCAACCAUUCGUCCUCACCGCAAGUGAUGACAUGACAAUUAAGCUGUGGGAUUGGGAGAAGGGUUGGAAGUGUGUUCAGGUCUUCGAGGGCCACAGCCAUUAUGUGAUGGGAAUGUCCAUCAACCCCAAAGAUACCAAUACUUUUGCUUCGGCGUGUCUGGACCGGACGGUGAAGAUCUGGAACCUUGGCUCUCCUCACGCCAAUUUCACCCUGGAGGCUCACGAGACCAAGGGUGUCAACCACGUCGAUUAUUAUCCUCACGCUGAUAAGCCCUACCUCCUCACAACCUCGGAUGACAAGACAGUCAAGAUUUGGGACUACACCACCAAGGCGCUCAUUGCCACUCUCGAGGGCCACACCAGCAACGUCUCGUUUGCUUGUUACCACCCUGCGCUUCCUGUAAUUAUCAGUGGUUCAGAAGAUGGCACAGUCAAAAUUUGGCACGCCAAUACCUACCGGUUGGAGCAGUCACUAAGCUAUGGCCUGGAGCGGGCAUGGUGUGUUUCUUACCAGCGUGGUGGACAAGGAAUCGCAGUUGGUUUCGAUGACGGUGCCGUUGUUGUGAAGAUGGGUCGGGAAGAGCCUGCCGUUUCAAUGGAUGGAUCUGGCAAGCUCAUCUGGGCCAAGCACAGUGAAGUUGUUUCAUCAGUCAUCAAGGGCGGCGAUGCUAGCUUGAAGGACGGCGAGCCUCUCUCUUUGCCCACUAAGGACUUGGGUACAUGCGAGGUGUACCCGCAAACCCUUAGUCACUCGCCCAACGGACGCUUCGUCUCUGUCUGCGGCGAUGGCGAGUAUAUUAUCUAUACCGCUUUGGCGUGGAGAAAUAAGGCCUUCGGUCAGGCUUUGGAUUUCGCUUGGGGCUCCAAGGAUAACAGCAACGAUUACGCUAUCCGCGAGUCCGCGACGAGUGUCAAGAUCUUUAAGAACUUCAAGGAACAGAGCGGUGGCCUUGAUGUUGGAUUCCAAGCAGAGGGUCUGACUGAUGGUGUUCUCCUUGGUGUCAAGGGCCAGGGUGGUAUUGGUCUCUUUGACUGGGAGAGCGGCUCGCUAGUCCGGAGAAUUGAGGUUGAUCCUAAGAACGUUUACUGGUCUGAGUCCGGCGAGUUGGUCGCACUUGCUUGUGAGGAUGACUUUUACGUCCUCCGCUACUCUCGCGAGAACUACAUUAAUGGCCUGAACAAUGGCGAGGCUGACGAGGAUGGUGUCGAAGCUGCCAUGGAGCAUGUUGCUACCAUUAAUGAGUCUGUCCGGACUGGUGAAUGGGUUGGCGAUUGCUUUAUCUACACCAACUCUACCAACCGCCUGAACUAUCUUGUCGGCGACCAAACCUACACCAUCUCCCAUUUCGACCAGCCCAUGUACUGCAUUGGCUAUAUUCCCCGCGACGGUAGAAUCUACGUGGCCGACAAGGACGUCAAUGUCGUCUCUUUCGGCUUGUCUCUCAGUAUGGUUGAGUACCAGACCGUUGUCCUGCGUGGCGACAUGGAUAUGGCCGCUGAGCUGCUCCGUGAUGUGCCCCAAGAUCAAAUGAACAAGAUUGCACGAUUCCUCGAGGGACAAGGCUACAAAGAACUGGCGCUUGAGGUUGCCACAGACCCUGAGCAUCGCUUUGACCUAGCUUUGUCGCUGAACGACCUCGAGACUGCUCACCAGAUUGCGCGCGAGGCCAAUGCGGAGCACCGCUGGAAGCAGGUCGGUGACGCCGCCCUGGCUGGCUGGAACCUCGCCCUCGCCCAGGAGUGCUUCACCAACGCCAAAGACGUUGGCUCCCUGCUUCUCUUGCACACUGCCAGCGGCAACCGGGCAGGUCUCAAGGCGCUUGCCAUCCAGGCCUCCGAGUCUGGCCUGCAUAACGUCGCCUUUUCCACUCUCUGGUCACUGGGAGAUGUCGAUGGCUGCAUCGACCUUCUCGUUGCGACUAACCGUAUCGGGGAAGCCGUCCUCUUCGCCCAAACAUACAAGCCCUCCCGUGCCCCCGAACUGGUCGUCCAGUGGAAGAGCUCCCUUGAGGGAACCGGCAAAACCAAGGUCUCCCGCCUGAUUGGUGUUCCUCCUGGUGCCCCUGACAUCGUCUCCACCGACGACGAUCUCUUCCCAGAGUGGGAUGAGUACCUCCGCAUGGAGAAAGAGGGCGUUGUUCCCGAGCCCCCGUCUUCCGAGUCUCUGAUCGACAUCGACGGCGACAAAGAACCCGCAUCCGCAACCAACGGCGGCCCCGAGACCGAGGUUGGGUCUGAAGCCGCGGCGGAAGAGGAAGAGGAAGAGGAUGAGGAUGCCGAGGUCAAGAUUGACGCGGCUGCGUCAGCCGAGGCGGAGUAA